UUCAAUGACUUCUCUUCUUCAUCCCCUCCUCUUUCUCCCCUUUAUAUUUUCUCUCACUUCGUCAAAACACAUUCCCAUGCCUUAUGUUGUUUACAUGGGAAGUUUAUCAAAAGAACCAAAUCAAUUGGUAGAUGUUCAACUACUACAGUCUUCUCAUCUUCAACUCUUAGCCUCCAUUAUUCCAAGGGAAGAGAGUGAGAGAAUACAACUGAUUCACCAUUACCAUCAUGCCUUCAAAGGUUUCUCUGCCAUGCUUACUGAGAAGGAAGCAUCUUUGCUCUCUGGGCAUGAGGAAAUAGUGUCUGUAUUCCCUGAUCCUGUUCUUGAACUCCACACAACUCGUUCUUGGGAUUUCUUGAAGGAGAAUUCAGGCAUCUUCUCACACCUCCCGCCAUCAAAUGAUAUUAUAAUUGGAAUCGUAGACACAGGUAUAUGGCCGGAGUCUCCAAGUUUCAGCGAUGAGGCAAUUGGGAAGAUUCCUUCAAGAUGGAAAGGAACCUGCAUGGAGGGACCUGGCUUCAACAAAUCAAGCUGUAAUAG